CAGGCACAGCACAGUGGAACGGUUCGGUACGGUUGGCGUAACCUGCUACGCAUUCGGAAGGUAUGAGCCGUAGCCGCCGGUCAUCGUUUGGCCACCAGCACUAUCAGCAGCAGUUUACCGUCACAUCCACUAUCAACUACGACGAUGGGUUGUGCGAUGGUACCAGCGGUCCUGGGCUGGUCCCAACCGGCGGCACAACAUCUUCACCGUCGCGGUUUAGCGACUCAUCCUACUCGAACCUGGGAUCCCGCCUGACCGCGUAUGUCGCCCAAUCGCCACACGCUCCACAGCCACCAUCACAGCCCACCCUUCCACCGUCGUCCGCAUCUUCGGUUUCCUCCAUGACUGAUCGAUAUGGUGCCGCCGCCGAGGAGUCACUGAGACCGUGUUGCAUCUCUCCGGCCGCUCCGGUCACAAACAGCAGUCAUGCCGGGAGUAACGUAUCCAGUGACCGAUUCUCGACGAGUUCUGCACCAAACUCCAUCAUCUAUCCGGAAACGCGCAAUGGACCACAUCACCGUUCCAUGUCACCUGGAUCACGCACAAGAUAUCCCGUUCCGGAACGGUUCCGAGAUCCGCCUGCUUCGGCACCUCCGCAGCAAACGACACAACCGAAGCUGGACCAGUUUGGCAACUAUCUCAUCAGCAAUGCACCACUGAUAACGACCUCCGAAAGUUACAACUAUCUCACCUCGACUGUACAUACACCGGUCAAGCGAUACAUACCGACACCACCGCCUCCAGAGAACUUCCAGCAUGAGCCGACGGCGGGUGGCCUAGGCGCUAGUCUGAUGGCCGGUCUGAUGGCAUCCGGUGGAGGUAUCAACAUCAUCAACCAUCCGCAAGCUGGCAAUGGGACGGGAUCGCUUCUCAAGUCGCUACCAUACCGUCUAAAGGUGCCGAAAGCGGAUGGGUCCGGAAUGGGAGAGGAUACGACGGAUCAUUACGCUACACCACCAAGAGCACGACCGGUCGGUAGCAAAUGUCAGCAACCGAUCUGUACAUUCACCCAACAAACCUCCGGAGGUGGUACACUCGGUCGUCAGACGCUACAGCCAGAUUACUCAAUGUUGCGGGCAGCCACUCCGGUAAGCAUCAUGAGCGAACCGAUGGUGAUCGGUCAUCAACCAUCGUCGGACGAGGAGCAAUGCUACCAGUGCAACAGUCUCCGACAAGCGACCGGAGUACAUCAGACGACUCAAACGUCCGGUCCGAUCAGUCCGCAACCGCUCUCGAUCUCGUCCGUAUCGAUGUCUGACAUGGAGCGCCAAUCGCCCCUCAGCCCACCGUCACUUGUGUCGCAUGCAUCGUACGCCCACCAUCAUCACCAUCAUCACCAUCAUCAUCAUCAUCAGCAACAGCAGCAGCAGCAUUACACACUCGCCACUCCCGCUGACGAUGGACGAAACGCACAGCAGUCGCUUAUUAUCGCGCAAUCGCACGCACUGAGCAGUGCGUGUAGCAACCCAUCGAUAAUCAUCCAGUAUCAACAUCAGCAGCACAUUCAGGCGCAUCAGCAGAUUCAACAGCAGCCGCUUUAUCAACAGCUUCAGCAGCUACAGCAGCAACAUGCUCAGCAGCAGCAGCAGCAGCAACAACAUCAUCACCAGCAACAGCUACAGUUGCAACAUCAGCAAGCACAACAACAAGCUCAACAACAAGCUCAGCAGGUUCAGGCUCAGCAGCAGCAACAACAGCAGCAGCAACAGCUGCAGCAUAUGCAUCUUCCCAGACUUCAACCCGAUUCUACGCCUUCCACCCUGCAGCGAAACGUACAGGCGAUACGCCAACAACGGUUGACGCACAAACAGCGCAUUAAGGAGUAUCUGCGUCGCAGCACAUCACAAUUCUUCGGUGUCGAUCAACUGCACGAAGAUUACGAGCAGCAAAAGUGGGAAGACCGGCAGAAGCGUUUCGCUAUCCGGCGGUUCGGUUCCCUUAAGGACGAACUACCGGCAAAUGCACGGCCCAACGAACCGAGUGCGGAUGUGAUGAACGACCAUCUUACGCACAGUGAUCGACCGGACAUACUACCUGCACAAAGUCAGGAUGAACCGGAAACGGAACAGAAUCGCCGACAGCGGUUCAACCCAUACUACCGUCACGAGGGUAGUGAAGAGUUCCUGGUCGAGCGGAAACCGUCCGUUUCGCGGAUGAUGCUGAACGGGAUUGUGUUUGUGGUGCAGAGCCUCCGUAACAGGAUUCCACGCAGACAGAAGCAGUGGUCACGUAGCUUUGCGCCGGCACACGUGGCGUUGAACAAUGAUGACAAUGAUAUCUACGAUGGGUUAACGCCGGUACAGGAGGAUGAGAUGUUUUUCGACAUCCCGGGCGGUGGUGCUCAGAAUGGGAACGGUGCUGGAGGUCCUCCGGGACCGGAGCAAGACCUUGGCGCUGCGGUUCAGGAUAAUUCCCAUCAGAUAUACAUGCUCGAGACGGACCGGGCGUUGGUGAGCAAUGGAUGGCGGACGCGAACAGCUGAAGAGCAACUUCAUCUACAGGAUCCCGCUGCUCGGGCCGAGCGUAAUAAUGCAAUGUUCCAGUUUUUCUACGGCCAGCGUAUACCGGGCUCAAUACUGGAGAGUGUACUGGACAACUCGAGACGUCCAUCGCGCCACUGCAUUAAGCUGUUGCGCCCAAACGCGCUAGACGAUCGGUAUGACUACCGGCCAUUCUUUACUUACUGGAUCAAUACAACGCAGAUACUGGUGCUGCUGUUAACACUGCUGUGUUACGGCGUUGGUCCGAUCGGGAUCGGAUUUGAGCAGAAAAGCAGUCAGGUGCUGGUGACUAGUUUGAGCUUGCAAACGGUACAACACUACGAGCCACGAAACAUUUGGAUAGGACCACGAAGAGAUGACUUAGUGCACCUGGGAUCCAAAUAUGCGCCCUGCAUGCGCAGAGAUGGCAAAAUCAUGGAUCUCAUAUCGAAGACAAGAAAACAGGAGCGCGAAACAGCCUGCUGCAUACGAAACGAUGAUUCCGGCUGUGUGCAGAGUUCACAGGCCGACUGUUCCGUGCGAGGGCUAUGGCCUACGGUAUUGGCACCAUUGCCGCUGCAAACGUUGGGCAUGCCCUUUAUUCACUCGUCUAACCUCUCCCAUCUUCAGACCAUCUCGACGUGGAAGAAAUGGUCCCCGGGUGAUUCUGGACCGGGUGGACGCAUCUCGGGCAGCGUCUGCGGUCUCGAUCCGAAGUACUGCGAUGCGCCGGCCUCGGUUGCACCGCACGAAUGGCCGGAUGACAUCACCAAGUGGCCUAUCUGUCGGAAAAACAAUCAGUUUACGCAACGCUUCCGCUUUAAGGAUCACACUGCCGAGCACAUGGUCUGCGAGGUGAUUGGCCAUCCGUGCUGUAUGGGAAUAUCGGGCGAAUGUCGCAUUACGACGCGCGAGUACUGCGACUUUGUGCGUGGUUACUUUCACGAUGAAGCAUCCCUGUGUUCACAGGUUUCCUGCUUGAAUGACGUGUGCGGUAUGUUUCCGUUCAUCGUGACCGAUCUUCCCGAUCAGUUCUAUAGGCUGUUCACGUCACUCUACAUACACGCUGGUAUCGUUCAUCUCAUAAUCACUGUUGCCUUUCAACACAUACUCCUCGCGGAUCUGGAGCGUCUGUUGGGAUCACUGCGAACGGCGAUAGUUUACAUCGGUUCGGGUAUCGUUGGCAACCUGACCAGUGCCAUCUUCAUGCCCUACAAGGCAGAGGUUGGUCCUUUACCAUCUUUGGCGGGAACUCUAUCCUCGCUGCUGGUGCUACUUAUUCUGUGUCACUGGCGAAAUUUGAAGAAACCACAGUACGCAAUGUUGAAGAUGCUCUUCCUAGGCUGUUUGCUUUUCGGUAUGGGCACCUUGCCAUGGCAGCAAAACUUUACCGGCUUGAUAUCGGGGCUGCUGUUCGGUAUCACCUUCACCCUCGCUCUCACCCCAUACCUCAGCUUCACCAAGUACAGUAGGAAAGGCAAGAUCAAGCUAGUGUGGACCUGCUUUGUGCUACAUUUCGUGCUGUAUGCGCUCAUCUUUCUGGUGUUCUACCUGUUUCCGACCAUAUUCUCGCUCAACUUUCUCGAGGGCAAUCAAAUCUCGAGCAUCAACGAUAACAACGGCAUGCACGAUCACUUCAACCCGUACGACACGUUCAACUACUUUAAUGGUAAGAACACUGACGGUGGUUCCUCGCACGGUGGUAUGUUGCCCGGCGAGGGCGGCAGAAAUGGGGGCGACGUGGGUGGAGGCGGCGGCAGAAUCAAGGAUUACGAUCGUGGCGGAGGAGGCAGCAACCGGUACGGAGGUAAUGGGGGUGGCGGUGGUGGUGGUGCUAUUAGCAUGUCGGGCGGCACGAUAAAAGCCAUUAAUCCCAAAUACAAUAAUAUAAAUAGUAACGGUAAUCUGAACGCAAAAUCCAAUAUUCAUAGUUAUAAGAUGGUAGCUAUAUGUGAGAAGGGACAGUGCAAUCCGCGUCCGAACGCAUGACGUCGAUGUGUUUUACGCUCGGUUACGACUACAUCAAUACAAUUGAUUUCCAUUUUAUUCAUCCUUAUCACAAUUAUUGUACCGUUACAUGAUAACGCAUAUAUACCGAUAUACUCCAUAUACCACGUGAAGCAGUGAACAACCGGAUGCAGGAAAACCUAGCUAAAAAGAAAAAUGAUACAAAAAAAAAUGAAAAAGAAAACCCCAGUUUAGGAAAAUCGUCUGCGGAAACAGGGCGACCCUAGUAUGUCACCAAUGUAUUACAUGUCAGUGGAUCGGCUAGCGAAUAUGCGAACAGAUUAGUGAAUGGUGUACACGCCACGUGGUGAAGCUGGCAAAAUCUAAGUAAAAAAAAACGGUAACGAAAAUUGAAUGAAAUAUAUAAUGAAAAACGCA